GUGACUCGGCUUUUGUGUCGGCAGUGGGUGGAUAUAUUGGUAUUUGCCGGUCGUCGCGUUUUCUAGAUACCAUAGCAGGUAGAGCACAUGUAUCAAGUCAUCACCAGGGCUGCCAAGAAGACAUUGGAAGGAGUUCAGGACCUGUCCUGAAACAAUGGGAAACUUGUUGCGCCUACUUGCACGAGAUGACUGCUGUUCCGUGCAGAAAUAUGACAUAUUUCUUGACUUUGAAAAUGCAGAACCAACAGAAAGUGAACUUGAGACUUGGACGGAGGUGGGGCGUGUCCUGGAGGAGUCCAGGGAAAUGCUAAGUGAGCUUCAACAGUACAAGGGAGCCGCCAAAGAGAUACGAGAGGCCAUCGCCAGCCCCAGCGACGAUAGCCAGGAGCGGGCGUGGGACGCGGUCGUGCCGCUGGUGCUCAUGCUGAAGCGCUUCUACCUCUUCUCGCUGGAGAUAUACCGGAUCGUGCCGCGCAUUCUGUUCGAGCUCUGCUCGGGCCCCAUGACGCCCUCCAUCCACCUGGAGACGCAGCAGGCGCUCGUCAAACAGUUCGCCGACAUUCUGGAGUUCGUUCUCAAGUUUGAUGAAAUGAAGAUGAACACGCCGGCGGUGCAGAACGACUUCAGCUUCUACCGGCGCACGCUCAACAGCCAGCACUACCGGCUGCGCGGCGAGCGGCCCGACACCGAGCUCGACAACGACACGGCCAACCGCAUGUCUCUCUUCUACGCCGACGCCACGCCCAUGCUGAAGACGCUGAGCGAGGCCACCAGCCGCUUCGUGCGCGAGCACAAGGAGAUUCCGGUGGAGAACACGACCGAGACGUUGGGAACCAUGGGCAAGGUCUGUCAGCGGAUGCUGGAGAACCCGGCGCUGAUCGCCCGCUUCCGACGCGAGGAGACACACCUGUUCAUCCUGCGCGUCAUGGUGGGCCUCGUCAUCCUGUACGACCACGUGCACCCGGCCGGCGCCUUCGUCAAAGCCACCAGCCUGGACGUGAAGGGCUGCAUCAAGGUGCUGAAGGAGCAGCCGCCGGCCAACUCGGACGCGCUGCUCAACGCGCUCAGGUACACAACGAAACACUUGAACGACGAGAAUACUCCGAAGCAGAUCAAGACGCUGCUGGCUGUGUAGCCGCUCGGUCGCGCCGCGGCGUCGCGGUGGCGGCUCCCGCCCGGCGUCGGUCUCCGCUGGCGACGGGGCCGGGUCGGCCGGCGACUCCCCUGGUGGAAUGCUGCGCAAGCUCUAUGUUGCAGUUCGCCCGACAGAGGCGCGCUAGCCCAGCGGCCAGCUGGGACAUGCAAGGCGCGAGGACGUGCGACGGCCAUUUGUACACGCAUUGUGCAUGCUUAUGCGAUUGUAAUACUCGAUUCUCAAUUUUGUACGUCGUUUGUCGCGACAUGAUGUAUGCAUGCUUGAAGACGCUCGUAGGCUGCCAGGUCUCAUUUCAUCGCAUGUGCUAACAUUUUGCUAGACAACUAUAGAGCUGAUUUGUACCGUUUGUAGUGCAUUUGUAGUCUAGUGAGCUUGCCACCAUUUACAUGAAUUAACUCAUAGAGAAGCGCAUCAAGAAUGUCGAGCCUGUAAUCAUGCCUUACAGAGCUUAAUUUAAUUGCAAUCCAAGAGCUCAAGCGUUUUGAGAACUUUUGACUUUUCUGAAGGGCGUGAGUAGCGGUGAAACAAAAAGCUGUACUAUGAUGCGUUGUUUUGAAGAUGUUUGCUGAACUGUUACAGAUUAAUUUUAUCAAUCUGUGUUUUGAACGUAAAGGUAGACAUGUUUCAUUGUCUUUCAAAACAAGUCUGAUAUGGAUGUCGAGAAGUCAAAGUUGUGAUUAUUUUGGCACCAAAGAAAUCAAUGUGGAUGUUAGCUUGUACAUAGUGCUACAAUGUUAUUUUGCAAUUUUCACUAUUAUUUAAACUACGGCUAAUCGCACAAAUCGAGAGGCGCCCAUCAGUCGACGACUUGAGUCAUGUGUCGUCGAUUGGGGGGUCGCAUCAACUGAUUGUAUUUGGCGCUUCGUUACGUCAAAGCCGGUGACGAAUGAACAGCAAGGCUAUGCUGGCCGCGAACCAAUAGCAAGGCGAUCUUGACGAUAUUCUGCGGCGGAUUGCCAGCAAUGUUGGGCACAAAGAAUUACGAGUUGUGCGCUUCCGACGGAAGUUUUAUCGCACGGACCAUGCUCUGUGUUCGGAAAUGUUUUCUUUGGUGUCAGUUGUAACCUGUUUUGCCGAUUUGUUGAUGCAUGCUCCCAUGGUUUCAAAGACGUCUCCGGUCGGGGUUGGCUGCAAGCGCCGCCCGGCCCGGAGCAGAUGUCCAAGUGUAGUUCCUAGUUCCACAUUUGAAAGGUUUGCGUAGACUACAGUAGGCUCGUUUACGUACGAACUGUGUGCAGUUUUCAGAUUUAUAGUUGCUCCGUUGCCUUUAAUGUAAAAGCCUGGUGUUACGUUGAUAUGCGCUGUCUAGAACCCUUAAAUACGGACAUAGUCUGUUCUACUCUAGCCUUUGCUUUAUUCAGACAGUGCUCCAUCCCGGAGCCUUUCCGUAGCUGUGCGGGCUCGCCGGAGCCGUGCUUGUCCUCGAUCGCUCGCUGUAGCUGUGCUGGAGCGGCCCAGGCGCCCUCCGCGGUGUGCGGGUGUCCUGGUGUGUUGUCGGCGACGAGCGGCGCCCUGGCCCGCCCCGUGUCCGUGGCGCUCACUUUUUCACGCGUUUCUACUUGCUACACGCUUCGCGCAGUGAGCCGCGCUCCGCUCCGGAGCGGCGCCCCGUGGCCGGGGUGCGCCGCGUCGCGCGCUCUGUACAAGCCAGCCGCGGGCGCGCGACCUUCCUCUGUCACUGCCUCUACGAUACACGCCCGGGCGGUACGCUCCACGACAUGCCGGCGUGGGCGGAGCCUCCCACCCCCACC